AUGAAUUUGGCCCGUGUCCGUGCGACUGGCCACCGUAGAUACUGUUCAUUUGCAGAACGAUUCGGCGUAUGGCAGAACGUGCACGUGCUCGAUGGGAACGGCAUGGUGAGCAGCGUGUCCGUCGCGAGGCUUCGCGUUCAUAUUCAAUCGUGGUACGACGAAGUGGAGGUCUUCGAUUCCGCGGAAUUCGGAUUGGUGAACUUCACAGCUCGGGGCAACCUGUCGUACAUAGCGUUCGCCUCGGCGACAAUUAGCCAAGUCGGCUGCGGCCGUGCAAUUUACACGGCCAGGCUAGACGAACCGACGAAUCGGGGCGAGUUCCCGACGAUCGUGCAUACAAUACCCGGCGGGAUCGAGGAUCGAGUCGAGACCCUCGUGUGCAAUUACGGGCCUCUCGAUCGGAAGACACCGAGGGAACUCUACGAAGACGGUGUGCCAGCUCUUUGUCCGCCAGGGACCAACCGUAGCUCGCGGUACAGAGCUCUGUGUCAAUUGCAUUCAAACGCAUGUAAUCGUUUACAGACACACACGAGCGCAAUUACAGUCGCUUGUAAUCCCAUACAAACCCAGCCAAACGCGAUUAUUGCCACUUAUAAUCAUGCACAGCAUACGCAAACGUCAUUAUCGUCGCUGAUAAAUACGGAACAAACCGCAAAUGCGAUUGUUGUCAUUUACGAUCAAACGCAGAUGUACAUGAACACGAUCAUUGCCGCUGAUAAUCGCAUUUAA